AGUGAUUCAAGCAAUGGACCACUAACCGGACCAGCCAGCAAAUUAGUGAACUGAUACCUUAACUGUUUCAAUAAUCAAUGCAUUUUUUAUAACUAUGUUAACAUACAUUUCUUGAGAUGAAUGCUCUACUCGCUCCCAAACAUGUAGUCUCCACUCAAAAUGUGGGGAAAGGAGCACUUUUUACCUGCUGUAUUACUUCUGCUGAUAUUUUUUAUUGGUUAUAUUUAGUUUAUAAGUUAUCGCAAUGGUACCAGGUGUCUACCUUGGUCUUAUUAUUGUUGCAUUUCUGGAAAAGAAGAAAUAAGAAUAGACUUUGAUGAGUGGGUUUUUCCAUUUAAUUAUAGUACAUCCUUUGAUUGUUCUUUAUUGCCCAAUAAUAGUUGUUUAAUUAUUAUUUGAGCUCCUUUUGGACCCUACAUCUGAAAUGCAUGCCCAUAUAUACAUAUAGUUUAGUCAAAGGCAGAUUGCAAUGGAGCUUCACUGCUUUUUUUGGUUUCAUUUUCCUAUAAUCUUUUACUCUUGAUGUCUUCCCUUCUUACAAGUGCAGCCAGACAUAGUCAGGUGUCUACCUUGGACAUGGUGGUAGGGACUGUUACAUGUCUGGAAAAGAAAAGAAAGAUGAGGAAAGCCAUGAGAUGGUUGCCCAUUUCUUGGUGGGAUUUCUCUUGAAGGUGUUCAUCGUUGCCGGGUAACAUGCAUUGGUGGUUACACGAGCUACAUCUGGACUCCAUAUGUAAUAGCUAUUUCAUGCAAAUCAGAUGCACAAGGGCUGAUGGUUCUUUGAUGUGUCAAAAACCUGAAUGUUUGACCUUUUUCGUGGUGUUCUCUUGGCUGUGAGUUGACUUUGAACCAUUUUUAAGAAAACAUCUUACAGAAAGGUUUCAGCUUGCUAUGACUUGCAAAUAAAUUAGUUCGAGCAGACCACUAACUGGACAGUAAAUUAGUGAACUGACGCCUUAAAUGGUUCAAUAAUCAAUGCAGUUUUGAUAACUACGUUAAAAUACAUUUCUUGAGGUGAAUGCUCUACUCACUCCCAAAUAUGACGUCUCUACUUAAAAUGAGGGGAAAAGGAGUAUUAUACUUGCUACUUCUGCUGAUACAUUUUACGGGUUAUUUCCAGUUUGUAAGCUACUGCAAUAGCACAAGGUGUCUUCCUUGGUUUUAUGAUUGUCGCAUUUCUGGAAAAGAAGAAACAGGAAGACACUUUGAUGCGUGGGUUUUCCAUUUAAAUAUAGUACAUCCUUGAAGUGUCCAUUAUUGCCCAAUAAUAGUUUAAUUAUUGUUAUUUGAGCUCCUUUUGGACCCUCAUCUAAACUGUAUGCCCAUAUAUACAUAUGAUUUUAGUUAAAGGCAGCUUGAAGUGGAACUUCACUGCUUUUUUGCUUUCAUUUUCCUAUAAUCUUUUACUCUUGAUGUCUUCCAUCUCAAAAGUCCGGCCAGACAUAGUCAGGUGUCUACCUUGGACAUGGUGGUAGGGACUGUUACAUGUCUGGAAAAGAAAAGGUAGAUAAGGAAGGCCAUGAGAUGUUUUCCCAUCUCUUGGUGGGAUUUCUCUUGAAAGUGUUCAUCAUUGCCCGGUAACAUGCACUUAAAUUGUUGCACGAGCUACAUCUGGACUCCAUAUGUAAUAGCUACUUCAUGCAAAUCAGAUGCAUAACAUCUGGUGUUUCUUUGAUGUGUUAGAAGCCUUAAUAUUGGACCUUCCCAUGGUGUACCCAUGGUUAUGACUUGCGAACACAUUGGUUCGAGCAAUGGACCACUAAUUGAAAGAGCAAAUUAGUGAACUGAUGUUCCUUUUGGACCCUACAUCUGAACUGUAUGCCCAUAUAUACGUAUAUUUGAGGCGAAGGUGUCUUGCAAUGGAGCUCCACUUCUUUUCUGGUUUCAUUUUCCCUAUAAUCUUAUACUCUUGAUGUCUUCCUUCUUACAAGUGCAGCCAGACAUAGUUAGGUGUCUACCUUGGACAUGGUGGUAGUGAUCGUUACAUUUAUGGAAAAGAAAAAGAACAUAAGGAAAGCCAAUGAGAUGGUUGCCAAUCUCUUGGUGGAAUUUAUCUUGAAGGUUUAAUCGUUGCCUGGUAAUGUGCACUUAAUGAUUAAAGGAGCUACAUCUGGAUACCAUAUGUGAUAGCUAUUUCAUGCAAAUCAGAUGCAUAACGUCUGAUGAUUCUUUGAUGUGUCAAAAACCUGAAUAUUGGACCUUCUUCAUGAUGUACUCCUGGCUGUGAGUGGACUUUGAACCAUUUUUAAGUGAACAUCUUACUAAAAAUUUUCAGCUUCCUAUGACUUGUGAACAGAGUGUUUAUGAAGGAUUUAUGUAUCUGACCAUGUUCCCAAAGUCCUCACCUCCUCUCUUUACGUUUUAUUGCAUAUUACUUGUUCUUCACAACGAUGAGAUUGGUUAGCUUUUUAUAUGCUGCUAGAUACAUUGUUAAAUAUAUUGGUUCAUGAUGCUGUCUCUCUCAUUUCUUGUUGGCUUGUUCGCGAGAAUCCUGUCCUGCUCACUGAUUCUCUCUCUUUUUCUGAUGAAAGUGUUGACAUUGAUCAUGUGUGAAUGGUCCCUGAUCUUUGUUGACUCUAGGUUUUGUGAGUGGUUGUUUGUCACUGGAAAUUAGACAAAUGAGCUAUAAUACCGUCCUUCAUUUUUUUGGUUUUCCAAAAUCUCACUAUGCAUGAUGAAAACCUCUAUCUGCAAAUUUCUUCUUUAUCUUUUUAUAAAAAAAUUAUACGUGAAGAUAAUAUCUGAGAAUGGAAUUUUAGGUGGAUAAAUUGUUGGGGAGUGUAAAAUGGGAUGACAAAGGUUUAGCGGUAGCAAUAGCGCAAAAUGUUGAUACAGGAGCCAUAUUAAUGCAAGGCUUUGCUAACAAAGCUGCCUUGGCAACAACUAUUUCUACUCGAAAGGCAACUUUCUACAGCCGAUCACGGUCAACAUUGUGGACAAAAGGGGAGACCUCGAAGAAUUUCAUCAAUGUUCAUGACAUCUUUAUCGAUUGUGAUCAUGACUCUAUAAUUUAUCUUGGAAAACCUGAUGGGCCAACCUGUCACACAGGAGCUGAUACCUGCUAUUACACAUCAGUUUUUGAUCUGUUAAAAGAUCAACAGGUUGAAGAAAAUAGACAGGCAUUGACAACAUUGUACUCCUUAGAAUCUACAAUUUCCCAGCGGAAAGCAGAGUUGGCAUCAGCGGAUGGAAAACCUUCAUGGACUAAAAGGUUAUUGCUUGAUGACAAGCUGUUAUGCUCCAAAAUCAGGGAAGAAGCUGAUGAAUUAUGCCGAACUAUAGAAGAGAAAGAGGACAAUGCGCGAACAGCCUCUGAGAUGGCAGAUGUGUUAUAUCAUGCCAUGGUUCUGCUUGCACUUAAGGAUGUUAAGAUAGAAGAUGUACAGGAAAUUCUUCGGAAAAGAUUUACCCAAUCAGGAAUCGAGGAAAAGAAAAGCCGUACCAUAAAACAAAGCUCAUAAAAAAUUUUCACUAAGGUAUGGAGUUGAGAGCUAGAAGAACUGCUUUUUUGAAUAAUGUAUCUUGGCGGAAACUGUGGUUUUCUCUUAUCAUGCAUUGUAGACUAGUUUGAUUUUCAGAUUUGCUAUUUUUUAUUGUCAGAUUUAAAAAAUAUAUAUGAUAUAUUUAACAAUUAUCUGAACUUUUAAGCUAUUGUAAUAUUUGGACGUGUUGUACCAAUUUUAUAAAUUAUUAUAUUUUCAAA